CCUUGUGGUCUCGCUACCCUACGGAAGGACGGGGGGGACCCAACGAGGCCAACUGCGCCCCCCACCCCCGGAGAGACCCGGCUGCUGCCGCUGCCAGCGGGGCGCACGGAGGAACCCCCCCCUCUUGCCAGCCCCGCGGAGAGGCGGACGGGCAUUGCGCCCCAGCGAGGUGGCCGCGCGUUCCUCUGCAGGAGAACCGUUUGGCUGCGCUCGAGGGGCACCCGGAUCGUGUAAGGUGCCUCGGCCGCCCGGCGCCACCAGAGGAGGGGACUCCGCCAGCGCCCUGUCCCUUGGAAGCGCCUGCGGUGGAACCGGUUGGACUGCCUGCCCGGACACCCGUCGGCCCCGCGCGCCUCUCCAAAAAAAAAAGGGGGUCUCCGCCGCCCUCCCGCUCCCCCCACUUUGUCUCCCUGCCAGUCCUGCAAACUUUCUUCCUGACUUCUCCAAGCUCUGCAGUGGAUGGGUGUCCCUUCUUCCUCUCCUGGGCUUCCACCCUCUUCCUCCUCCUCUUCCUCGCGCAAUCGGCUUUCCCGGGGCUUUGCUGCCAAGUCAAACGGGCGCACGCAAAUCCAGUCUCCCGGGCAGCGACCCGCGUCCUUCCUCUUUACUUCUGAUUUUUUCUCUCUCUCUCUCUCCUAAAUCUACCCUGUUGGCGAUCUGUUUUUGAACGCUGUCCUGGUUUCUGAACCGCUGGAAAUCGUCUAGGGGGAGAGUGCGAGAGAGCGAGCAACAAAAGAGACAUCUUCGGAGCGCCCCGAGGGAUUUUACGCUUGGCUGGUGGAUCUGAAUCGGUUGGCAGAAAGCGCUUCGGUGGGUUGGGAGGAGGACACCUUGGUGGGGGAACUCUCUGCUUGCUUUGGAGGAUCUGCUUCUUCCUUGCCCCCAAAGUUUCAGGUCCUGCAAAGAGGUAAAACUUUCUAUUUAGGGGCCUGUUUAUCUUUUCUUUCCCCCCCCUCUCUCUUCCUUUUUUUUAUUUUUUGUUUUUUUUUUUUGUGGCCAAAAAACAAGGGGUUUGUUUUUGGUGGAAGAGACAGCAACAGAUUCACGUGGACUUUGUUGUGUGUGUGGACUGAGGCGUGACCUCUGGAUGGAGAGGAGUUGAUUUGUAGCUUUUUCACAUUUUUCCUCCACCCUUCGGGAGCCUGGUGGGCUUCCAAUCUGAUCCAACGGGGAUUAUUAUUCAGCCUUGCAAAACAUUUCUGGUUUAUAAGAUCCGGGACUUCUCUUCCUGGUUUUUCCCCUUCCAGAGAGGCUUGGGUUGAAAGGCUGAGGAAUCCUGAAUUGCCCUGUAUUUCUCUUUAUUGUUAAAAAAGAAAAAGAAAACCUGGUUUUUCUUAAUUGUAGACCAAACAGAUUUAGAACGCACAGACCGAAUAUCUUCGGAUCAAGAUGCUUAAUUCUGACCUAUAAUUUCAGUCUUCCAAGAGAGACCUGACAUUGACGGAUACCCUAUGGGCUGCUUUGAUACGGCUACAGUAAUGAGCCUUUUCUGCUUUUCCUGGUCCCUGCCUGAGGUCUGUGACCCCGAGGAAAAUGCUCUUUGCUUUGUCCCAUUCUUAACCUCCCUCCGGUGAUUGGGAAAGCAAGCAACUGCCCGUCUUAAACCUCCUUCUGUAAAAACACCAGAUGGUUUUGUUCUUUGGACAUAGUCUUCUUCUGCUCUUUGUUUCGAGCCGUUGCCGAGUCUGCUGCAGGCCUUGCUAGCUUCCUGGGGACGGCCCCCUUUUCAACAGCACCCAGGGGGGGUUGGGGGCAGAGACCCGGCCGCCUCACCGGACACCCCCAUGGCAAUCCGGGCGCGAGCGCUCUACGAUUUCCAGAGUGAGAACAAGGAAGAAAUCAGCAUCCGUGAGAAUGAAGAGUUGAUGCUUUUCAACGAGAAGUCCCUGGAUGGAUGGCUGCAAGGCACCAACUCUCGAGGGGAGACGGGCCUGUUCCCCGCCUCUUAUGUGGAGAUCCUUCGCUCCAGGUCCUCCUCCACUUAUACCAACAGUCCUGCUGGUUCUCCUGGAAACGGCUCCUCCUUCUACGUCCCCUCGUCCGUCCCCGGCAUUCCCCACCAGGGCAGCUUUGAAGAUGAUGACGAUGAUUGGGACGAUUGGGACGACGAAAGCACGGUGGUGGAGGAACCCAGGAGCGGGGCAGGGACCAACGGGCACCCCUCGCCAAGCCUGUCCUAUCCCAGGCCCUACGCGCCUCACCCCAACAACGUUGGCGGUCGGGCCAAGCCAUCUCUGGAGAGGCAGGACAGCAUCGGGUCUUCCAAGAGAGGCAGCGUGGUGAGUCGGAACCUCAACCGUUUCUCCAGCUUUGUCCGCUCUGGAGUGGAGGCCUUCGUUUUGGGAGACGUGCCCAUGAUGGGCAAGAUCUCAGAGGCCUACUACAUAGACAUGGGCUCGAAAGGUCCACAGUGGAGAGCCAGCCCACACCCUUUCCUCUGCUCUGUGGAAGAGCCCACCAAACAGACCAAGUUCAAAGGCAUCAAGAGCUACAUCUCCUACCGCCUGUCGCCCAGCAACGGCAAUUCGCCGGUGUACCGGCGCUACAAACACUUUGACUGGCUGUACAACCGCCUGUUGCACAAGUUCACCGUCAUCUCGGUGCCCCACCUGCCGGAGAAGCAAGCCACGGGGCGCUUCGGGGAGGACUUCAUCGAGAAGCGCAAACGGAGGCUGAUCUUGUGGAUGGACCACAUGACCAGCCACCCAGCGCUCUCCCAGUACGAGGGCUUCCAACACUUCCUCAACUGCGGGGACAACAAGCAGUGGAAGAUGGGGAAACGCCGGGCGGAGAAGGACGAGAUGGUGGGGGCUAGCUUCCUCCUGACCCUCCAGAUCCCAACCGAGCACCAAGACCUGCAGGAUGUGGAGGACCGAGUGGACACCUUCAAGGCCUUCAGCAAGAAGAUGGACGACAGCGUUCUGCAGUUGACCAGCGUAGCUUCUGAGCUGGCCAGGAAGCACGCCGGGGGCUUCCGUAAAGAGUUCCAAAAACUGGGCAAUGCUUUCCAAGCCGUCAGCCAAGCCUUCCAGAUGGACCCACCUUACAGCUUUGAUGCCCUCAACAAUGCCAUCUCCCACACGGGCAAGACCUACGAGAUGGUGGGGGAGAUGUUUGCCGAGCAGCCCAAGAACGACUUGUUCCUCAUGUUGGACAGCCUUUCCUUGUACCAGGGACUCCUCUCCAACUUCCCAGACAUCAUCCAUCUUCAGAAAGGUGCGUUUGCCAAAGUGAAGGAGAGCCAGCGGAUGAGCGACGAAGGGAAAAUGGACCAGGAGGAGGCAGACGGGAUCCGGAAGCGUUGCCGAGUGGUUGGUUUUGCCCUGCAGGCUGAAAUGAAUCACUUCCACGAGAGGCGCAUCUUGGAUUUCAAAAAGAUGAUGCAGUCUUACAUCAGGGAGCAGAUCGUCUUCUACCAGAGAGUCAGCCAGAAGCUGGAAGAGACGCUGAGGAGAUACGACAGCCUCUAGUAAGCCCGCCAGAUGUUGGAGCUCAGGAUGGUCCUCAACGCUACCAUGCCCCUCAGCUGGGAUGAGCAGCAGCGACUGUGUUUUCUUCUCUGCCUCUGGGAAAGGGAAGUCUUCUCCUCGUGGUGGAUCUUGGGAGGUUCUCCCUGUUGACUUGUGCUGUCCGCCAUCUUCACGAUGCUAAACUUUUGAGCACUGAAAGGGGAGGUUGUAGCCCCGUCGUGACCAAAGCUUGGGAUGAUAGUGUCUUCCCCACCCAUCCCGAUCCAAUCGCAAGGACCCAGCCAAGAAUCGUUGCACAAAAGACAUUUUGACGAGCGGAAUUCUUUUCCUCAAGAAGAGCUGAGCUUCUAGCCUUGUUGUUUACAAAGGAAGUAAAAGAAUUUGCUUUCCAAAGGAAAUGUAGCUUUUUGCUCCAGCCAGCUUCCUUUUUUUUCCCCUCUCAGGCUUGAUUUUCUGGAAAAAAAAAAAAAGCACUCUUAAUUUAUCCAGAUCUUUUCCGACACCAGCACUUCCUGUUCCCCUCCAGAAAAGGAACAAAAUCAGGUUGAACUCAGUUCAGAGUUGUUGUUGUUUAUUUUUUUUUUCUCUUUCUCUCUCUAGAUAGGAUGAUUGUGCAAAAGCAAGAGAACAGAGAGCAAAAAUGGAGGUGAAGUGGAAGGAGUGAAAAGGUUGGCCCACCAAAGUGACUCUUCUGAGGAAGUCGCACAAGCAACACAAUCUCACUCCUGAGAUCUGUGACAGGUAGUCCUCGACUUACGACCGCAAGUGGCCCCAGAAUUUAUGUUGCUAAGCGAGCCAAGCGGUCGAGUGAGUUUUCUCCCCCACGUUAUGACCUUUCUUGACGUCGUUAUGAAGCGAAUCGCUGCAGUUAAGUUCGUUAAUACGGUCAUUAAAUGAACCUGGCUUCCCCAUUGACUUUGCUCAUCAGAAGGUCGCAAAGGGGAUCACGUCCCAACCCCCACUCACCCCCCGGGACACCGCAACCGUCAUAGAUACGAACCAGUCGCCAAACAUCUGAAUUUUGAUCACGAUGCUGCAACAGUCGCAAGAGUGAAACCGGUCGUAAGUCAUUUUUUUCCCCAGUGCCAUCGCAACUUUGAACGGUCACUAAACAGACUGUUGUAAGUCGAGGACUACUUGUCUAUAGACAUACAGGUCAUAGGCAUGCAUUUUUAAAGCCACUCACCUCUGCACUCACCUGAGUAAAUCCAGAGUUACUUCCCCACCCCCCGUCUUUGAAAACAGAGCAGUCCGUGGAAACUGCCGUUGUGUGUUUUGAUUUGUUGUCUGCAAGACGGAUGUUCAGAUGUCCAAGUUGGCUGAUACCUGUUUUUGUUUUAAAAAAAGGUUUUCUCCAUGGGAAACGGGACUCUGAGAUGGAUGUCGUCCAUGGCCUUAAUCAAGAAGUGGCUCCUUGGACUCUGGGUCGUUUCUCCUCUGACCUGCUGUUAUCCAUUUCUUCUUUCCUUCUCUUGGUCUCCAAAGAAUUGGGGUGGGGGUGGGGGGUUGAAAUGUUUGGCGAAUAAAAUCUGGGGUCUGGGAGAUAAA